AUGGCUUCCGCCGAUACCAAAGAGAUGACCGUGAAGAAGUUCAAUGCUGUAGUCAUUGGCUCUGGACAAUCAGGCACACCACUAGCCUCAGCACUGGCGCAAGCCGGCCGCAAGACCGCCCUCAUCGAGCGCACCCACAUCGGCGGAACCUGCAUCAAUGAAGGUUGCACGCCGACGAAGACCAUGAUUGCCAGCGGUCGGGUGGGGCAUCUGGCGAAACGGUCAGCGGACUACGGCAUCUGGAACAUCCCCACGCAGAGUCUGGAGAAAGGCCACAAAGCCUACCAUUCCAAGGAAGAAGGCGAUUGGGAGAAAAUGAAUGUCGCUGUUGAUAUGAUGAAGGUUAGGCAGCGGAAGCGGGAUAUUGUCAACAGCUUCCGCGGUGGGAGUGAGGCUAGGUUGAGCAAGCAGGAGGGGCUUGAGCUUAUUACGGGCGAUGCUAGUUUCAGGGAUGAGAAGAGUCUGGUGGUGAAGAUGUCGGGGCAGGAGGAAGGGGUGGUUGUUGCGGCGGAAAAGUUCUUUAUUAAUGUGGGAGAGACGCCGUCGAGACCGGACUUGCCUGGGCUGGACCAAGUGGAUCCGAAGCGUGUGUUGGAUUCGACUUCGAUCAUGGAGCUAGGAGAGGUCCCACACCAUCUGAUCGUCCUUGGAGGCUCAUACGUCGGUUUGGAGUUCGCUCAGCUGUUCAGAAGACUGGGAAGCAAAGUCACUGUCCUUCAGAGGGGCAAGCAGCUCGUCCCACGAGAAGAUCCGGAGAUUGCAGAGGCCGUGAAACAGAUCAUGAAAGAGGACGGCAUUGACGUCCACCUGGACGUAACGGUGGCAAACACCAAACCCGACCAUGGCGAGAACGUUGCACGCAAGGUGGUGGUCUUCUUCGAGCUCGGGCAAGAACACCGUCGCAACCUGGUCAAUGGCUCGCAUCUUCUACUCGCCACUGGACGGACACCCAACACUGAAUCCUUGAACCUGUCGGCUGCCGGCGUGGAGACGGACUCCAAAGGCUACAUCACCGUCGACCCAAAGCUGCGAACAACAUCCCCAGCUGAAAUCUACGCACUAGGCGACUGCCAUCCCGGACCAAAGUUCACCCACAUGUCCUACGACGACUUCCGCAUCCUCAAAGCCAACCACCUGUCCGACUCAUCUUCCCAAACGCAGCUCUCAACCACCGAUCGCCAGAUCCCGUACGUGAUGUAUACUGACCCUCAACUCGGCCACAUCGGUCUCCACGAGCACGAGGCGAAGGCGAAGUACGGCGAGGACAAGAUCCAGACGGCUUCGAUGCCGAUGGCGUGGGUUGCUCGAGCGCUGGAGACGGAUGAGAGUCGUGGGAUGAUGAAGGCUGUGGUCCACAAGGAGACGGAGCAGAUUUUGGGGUUUACGUGCUUGGGAUUGGAGGGUGGGGAGCUUAUGUCGAUCGUUCAGACCGCUAUGCUGGGAUCUCUGAAGUACACGGCCCUGCAGAACGCGAUCUAUGCGCAUCCGACCCUGGCUGAGUCGUUGAACAAUCUCUGGGGUUAUCUGAAGUGA